AGUAGCAGCUCCACAGACAGACUCAACACCUGAGGAUUUAUUGCAUAGCCCGGGACAGCAGCCCCGAGUCCUACCCCUCUGAAUUUUGGAGCUCAAACCUUCUGGUUUAGCUUCAGAGGAUGGACCUCCGACUCAUAUGCGUUCUACUUCUGGUGGUAGCCUUGGCAGAGGCCACCCCAGAGAGAUACCACUACCAAGUGAAGAAGCACCAGCCUCCUCCACCUCCAGUCAAGGCCCACCCUAUCCCAGGGGAGCCAGGAACUCCAGGUAGCCCUGGAGCACCUGGACCACACGGGCCCCCCGGCCCCCCUGGACCACCUGGAAAAAGUGGUGUUGGACACCCUGGACCAAAGGGUCCCCCUGGACAACCAGGAACACCCGGCUACUCUGCAACUGGCAAACCCGGUACCCCGGGGUCCCCUGGAAAACCUGGUGCCAAUGGUAUUCCUGGGGCAAAAGGACAUGCUGGUCCUCCAGGUCAAAUGGGCCCAAGAGGGCCAUCAGGUAGCCCCGGAACCCCCGGACCUGCUGGAUACUCUGCUGUUGGAAAAUCUGGACCUGUAGGAGCUCCUGGGCCAAUGGGACCAGGUGGUUCAAUGGGACCUUCUGGUGCACCUGGCAUGCCAGGACAGCCAGGUCAAAAAGGCGAGAGAGGUGUGGGCAUUCCAGGCUCACCAGGUGGCCCAGGUGGAAUGGGAGCAAUGGGUCCUGUUGGUCCACCUGGAAAGUCUGGAAUUGGGGCACCAGGUGCAACAGGACAUCCUGGUGACCCUGGAAAGCCAGGUGGUCCAGGUAGAGAUGGUAUUCCUGGAACCCCUGGGCAACCAGGUUUAAAAGGCCACCCUGGCCCUCCAGGAGUGGGCGCUCCAGGUAAAUCUGGAGUAAAUGGUAACCCUGGUUUCCCUGGCCCACAAGGGCCUAAAGGUCCACAAGGACCUGCCGGACAGCCAGGGUCUCCAGGUCUACCAGGUGUUGGCAAGCCAGGGCCAAGUGGAGUUCCAGGAGGCAGAGGUUCACCAGGUUCGCCAGGUACAACAGGGCAGAAAGGUGAACCAGGCCCAACAGGAUUCACAGGUGCUCCAGGAGGUAUAGGUCCCAUGGGCCAAGCUGGUCCUCAGGGUGCUAGAGGAUUUCAGGGAGAGCAGGGUGCCGUGGGUGUUAAAGGUGAUAUGGGAGCCAUGGGACCUCAAGGGCAAAAGGGUCUUAAGGGUGAUCAGGGACAUCAAGGUUUAACAGGAAAGCCAGGUAUUCCAGGUACUGUUGGACCAACUGGCCCUUCAGGUCAUAUGGGACAUCAAGGUCAAAAGGGUGAGCAAGGUUUUACUGGUCAACCAGGUAUUCCAGGUACAAAAGGGCCAGCUGGAGUUAAGGGGCACCCAGGACCACCUGGACCAAGAGGAGAGCGGGGAGAAAAUGGGUUCCCAGGGGGUAGAGGACCAGUCGGGCCAAGUGGCCCAAGUGGACUGCCAGGGCUUAAAGGUCACCCAGGUGCCCCAGGUCUUCCUGGCCCCGCAGGUGUUAUGGCUAAGGGAAUGUCUGGUCCUCAAGGACCACCAGGAUCUCCUGGUGCCAGAGGUCAAGAUGGUCUCCCAGGUCCAGCUGGACCACCAGGAGCCCCUGGCGCACCAGGUGAGGUCAUUUACCAUCAUGAGAAGAGCAUGCCAAUCAAAUCCCAUGAGGUUGUGCCUGUUGCUCAUGAGUUGGUUAAGGCCCCAAUGUCUGCCUUUUCGGCUGUUCUGACAAGGGCUUAUCCACCACCGGGUGCCCCCAUUGCCUUUGAAACCGUUUUGUACAAUGGUGAGCAACAUUAUGAUCCUGGCUCUGGCAUCUUUACCUGCCAAGUCCCUGGACUCUAUUACUUUGCUUACCAUAUGCAUGUCAAUGGGGCAAAUCUCUUGGUUGCACUCUACAAAAAUGGUCAGCCAAUGGUUUUCACUUAUGACGAGUAUAACAAGGGCUUCCUGGAUCAAAUGUCUGGAAGUGCUGUUCUUGAGCUGCAUGCUCAUGACACAGUCUACGUCGCAGUUCCUGAUGAGGAAUCUAAUGGUGUGUUUGCUGCCGAUAAUGUUCACUGCUCUUUCUCUGGUUUCCUGAUUGCCGCAACGUGAUACAGACACUGAACAAAACAGCAAACUUUAACAUCAAAGAGCAGUUUCUCAAAAAAACAAACAUUUGCAAUCACCAUCACUAAGUGCAGGCAAUUUGUUUAGUAAUGAGCACUUUUAUAAGGUGUACCCCAAACGUUAUAUUGUAUGGUUUGCUGAAGAAAGUAAACAUAAAUUUCCACAAGACCCUUUCAAAAGCCUAACUAUGUUAAGUACACUUCUAAGGUAACAUGAAGAUUUUCCAUUCAUAUGUAUUGUUUAAAAAUGUGUUAAAAUCCUGUUCAUUAUUGUUUUCUGGCUUUAGUGUGAGAUACGCCAAUCUUGACAUGUACAAUAGAAAAGUUCACUUCUGAAUGGCAGAAAUUUUGUAAAAUUGUAACUACAGUAGAUGUCACACGACAAGCAGAAAUAACUAGAAAUGAAGGACAAGUCUGUUAAUGCAACAUUUGUUUUGUAUGUCAAAAGAUCACAUUAUGUACAACAUAUUGACCGAAAUAAAAAAAUAUUCUAGUUCCCAAACUGA